AUGGCAUCUCCCGCUGGAGUUAGCAUGAAGGUUAAGGGUCGCCAUGUACGUAGCUCCGCCUCUCUUUCUCUGUCAUUCCUUCCGUAUGAGAUAUGCGAGUUUAGUCCCGCAGAGAUAUGAGAGGUCUCCUGUUGCAGGUGGUGCUGGACAAUGGAAUCGUCCGAGUCACUCUGACGAACCCUGGGGGAAUGAUCACCGGCAUCAGCUUCAACGGCUUGAAUAACUUGAUGGAGGUCCUCAACGACGAAUCUGAUCGAGGGUGCCCCUCUCCUCUCUCUCUCUCCCUCUCUCUCUCUCUCUCUCGCUUCCCAUUUCUUGAACCGGGCUGACUUACCAUCAUCUGCAUAUGCAUGUAUACCUCGCGUUCUACAGGUACUGGAGCACCAACUGGAGUGAGCCUGGUGGAUCAGGACAUUUUGACAGGUGAGUCGACCUCACCCUUCUCUCUCUCUCUCGGUCUCUCUCUGCGUGCCUGCAUGCAUGUACCGCUGUUCACGCAUGCAUGAAGUGCAUCGGCCUCUUUGUUCUGACCAGUGACUCAGAAAGAUCACGGGGCGAGGAAUUCGUUUUGCAGGAUACAAGGAACGGAUUUCCGGGUCAUCGUGGAGAACGAAGAACAGGUGGAGCUUUCUUUCUCCAGAAGCUGGAACCCAUCCCUCAGGGGAACCACCGUCAUCCCCUUGAGCAUCGACCGGAGGUGCGCCAACACAGAGAACUCUCACUUGGCUCCCAUUUCUCGCCAGCCCUUCUGACCAGAUUCGACUCGCCCCGCGCAGGAUCGUCAUGUUCCGCGGCCUCUCGGGAUUCUACAACUACGCCAUCUUCGAGCUCGCGGAAGACUGGCCGGACUUCGAUUUGGCCGAGGCCAGAGCAGUCUUCAAGCUCCGUAAGGACAAGUGAGCCACGCCCGCCGCUACAUCCAUAAAUGAUAAGGGGUCGUCGACCUGGUUUAGGAGUGAGCUUUGUACAGGUUUCACUACAUGGCGAUGGCGGAUAACAGGCAGAGGAUCAUGCCCAUGCCCGAGGACCGUCUUCCUCCUCGAGGCCGGGCACUGGCCUACCCCGAGGCCGUGAGGCUGGACGACCCGAUCGACUCGGAUCUCAGAGGAGAGGUAAGGAUCAGAGAGAGAGAGAGGAGGAGGAGGAGGAGGUUUCCUCCGCCGCCGUCUGACGAGCUCCGGUCAGCAGGUGGACGACAAGUACCAGUACUCGUGCGAGAACAAGGACAACAGGGUCCACGGCUGGAUCUGCGCUGACCCCCAGACGGGCUUCUGGCAGAUCACUCCCAGCAAUGAGUUCCGCACGGGCGGCCCGCUGAAGCAGGACCUCACCUCCCACGUCGGCCCCAUCAACCUCGCUGUGAGUCAACUCUCCCCCUACCCCCGCGCUCGUUCCGGACGUUGACCCCUCUCCAUCCCCCGAGAGCAGAUGUUCGUCAGCACCCACUACGCGGGGGGGGACCUAGAGCUCAAGUUCAGGGAGGGAGAGCUCUGGAAGAAGGUCUUCGGGCCCGUCUUCAUCUAUCUCAACUCCACCCCGCGAAGAGGCACCGAUCCCCUCUACCUCUGGGAGGACGCCAAGUCCCAGGUUCCACGCUAAUUAGCUAACCAGAGCAUGCUACUUAUUAUACAGACAGGCCUGCGCACACGAAUUUGUUCAUAUCCAUCUCGCAUGACUACGUGAUGCAGGCGCAGGUUGAAGAAGAGAGCUGGCCCUACAGCUUCCCUGCUUCAGAGGACUUCCACAAGCGUGAAGAACGGGGUUCUGUGGGCGGCAGGCUCUUGGUCAGGGACAGGUGAAGUGACGUCUUCAGAAAACCCCGUCUUCAGGUUCAGUUAUGUAUGAACUGCUUGGUUUGCCCUGUCUUCAGUUUUCUCGACGACGUUGACGUGGCCGCGAACUCCGCUCACAUUGGUCUGGCUCCGCCCGGGGAAGCCGGUUCGUGGCAAAGGGAGAGCAAGGUCUGCCUGGUUCCCAGAGGCAUUCAUUCCAUGCCCUCCCCCAUCUCUCUCUCUCUCUCGCUCUCUCUUUCUAUAUACAUAUACGAAUAGUGACAGUGCACUCGUUGUCCUCGCAGGGAUACCAGUUCUGGGCGAGAACGGGAAUCGACGGGUAUUUCACCAUUGGCGACGUGAGAGCUGGAGAGUACGGCCUCUACGCUUGGGUUCCGGGCGUCCUGGGGGACUUCAAACUUGCUGAAACCGUCACCAUCACCGCCAGUGAGUGAGCCUUCCUGCUCGCGAGUUCAGACUCUCCUUCCGACGAUCUAACGGAGGCCCGCGAGCUCUGCAGGGGGCCAUGUCGAAGUGGGAGACGUCGUGUUCGAGCCGCCGAGAGACGGCCCGACGUUGUGGGAGAUCGGCGUUCCAGACCGCUCUGCGGCGGAGUUCUCCGUCCCGGACCCGAACCCCAGCUACGUCAACAAGCUGUACGCUGGUCAUCCCGACAGGUGAAGGAAGAGACGCCACUCGGAAGCACCUUGUGCAGCCAAAGAGCGAGCCUCACGCGGCCAUCGGAUCUCGACAGGUUUCGACAGUACGGGCUGUGGGAGAGAUACGCCGAGCUGUACCCGGAAGGCGAUCUGGUUUACAGGGUCGGGGCAAGCGACUACACCAAGGACUGGUUUUACGCGCACGUCACACGGUACUGCUGGCUCUCAUCUUCAUCUUCUUCCGUCUUACUUCCCAAGCAAGCUCAGGGAGACCCCCCCCCCCCCCCCGUUAUUGUCUCCGCCUGAUCGACCCAGGAAAACUGGUGAUGGAUACAAGUCAACGACCUGGCAGAUCAAGUUUACGAUGGACCGUGGAGCCGCCCAGCCUGGCGGGGGCGGGCCUUACAAGCUCCGGAUUGCUCUCGCGUCGGCGAAGAGCGCGGAACUACAGGUAGGCCCGCGAGCUGAGAACUCUCCGUCGCCAUCCCCAGCAAUCAGCCGCAUACUUGCUUUGCCCGCCUGCAUGAUGAUGACCAGUCGACCGAUGGUGGUUCUUGUUCCUGAGCGGGGCCGUAGGUGAGGGUGAACGACCCAGAGGCGUCGCCGCCGCACUUCACGACGGGGGUGAUCGGGGGUGACAACUCGAUCGCGAGGCACGGCAUCCACGGGCUCUACUGGCUGUUCAACGUGAACGUGGAGAGGGAAUGGCUGGUGGAGGGCGAGAACACCGUCUUCCUCACCCAGGCCCGGGCCUCCUCCCCCUUCCAGGGCCUCAUGUAUGACUACCUCCGCCUGGAGGCGCCCUCCUCCCCCUCCCCCUCCCCCUCCCCCUCUCUCUGA